AUGCAAUACAUGUUCUUGGAGGUUCAAGACGCGGAGACCGGUCAUUUCGAUGAGAUGUCUCGUUACGGGAGAGAGAGAGAGAGAGAGAGAGAGAGAGAGAGAGAGAGAGAGAGAGAGAGAGAGAGAGAGAGAGAGGGGGGGGGGGGGGGGGGGAGGAGGAGGAGGAGGGAGAGAGAGGGGGGGGGGGGGGGAGAGAGAGAGAGAGAGAGAGAGAGAGAGAGAGAGAGAGAGAGAGAGAGAGAGAGAGAGAGAGAGAGAGAGAGAGAGAGAGAGAGA